AGAAGGUGCACUCUCAACUUGAAGAAAAUCCGAAAAUGCCGAAUCUGUCUACCUCUGAGAGUAUUCUCAAGGUGUUCCAACCACCACGAGAAUGUCUGCUCAAUGCUGCUACGGCGGAAAAGAAGAAAGAAGCAUUGUUAACAGCCUUUCUGUUUAAACCUACUCUUGGAGUUCAAUGGCUGCCGGAUAAUGUAAAGUUCAGUAGAACUUCCUCUCCGCUAAUAAUUGAGGUUUGGAUUUCAACCUGCAUCCAUGAUAGAGGAGCUAAUGAGGUUUGAGAAGGAACAGCAUGAUUCUAAUUUCUAGGGACAUCCCUUCUACUACAUCCUCAACAGUAAACAAAAAGAACUCCAGAUCUCCAGAGUUCUACUCCAACAUCAACACACAGAACUCUAGAUCUCCAGAGUUCUACUCCAACCUCUACAUAGAGAACUCCAGAUCUCCAGAGUUCUACUCCAACCUCUACAUACAGAACUCCAGACCUUCAGAGUUCUACUCCAACCUCUACAUAAAGAACUCUAGAUCUUCAGAGUUCUACUCCAACCUCUACAUAGAGAACUCCAGAUCUCCAGAGUUCUACUCCAACCUCAACAUACAGAACUCCAGAUCUCCAGAGUUCUACUCCAACCUCAACAUACAGAACUCCAGAUCUUCAGAGUUCUACUCCAACCGCUACAUAGAGAACUCCAGAUCUCCAGAGUUCUACUCCAACCUCUACAUACAGAACUCCAGAUCUUCAGAGUUCUACUCCAACCUCUACAUACAGAACUCCAGACCUUCAGAGUUCUACUCCAACCUCUACAUACAGAACUCCAGACCUUCAGAGUUCUACUCCAACCUCAACAUAGAGAACUCCAGAUCUCCAGAGUUCUACUCCAACCUCUACAUAGAGAACUCCAGAUAUGACAGAGUAUUAAAUAUGCUUAUUAAACAUUUUAUGUUAUAUUAUUGGUAUGGAUAA